AUGGAGGAGGAUAAUGAGAUGGCAUUUGGUGAGGAAAAACAAGGGGACUUAGCAUGCUAUAUGACUCGGAUAAACAAUGAGUGUGCUAAAGAUUCGAGGAAGAUAGGCAUUUGUCAGAUAAGAGAUGGGAAAUCACUUAUUAGGAAACCAUUGAAACCGGCUAUUGAAGGUUUCCGACAAAUUCUUAUCUCCAGCGACUCUCCGAUCGUCUUCUCCGACGAGCCUCCGGCAAAAAUGAGUUUUUCCGGCGGACUUUUCUCCACUGUCAUCCAAGCGGCAUCCACCAUCGGUGUUGCUUCUUAG